AUGUCAAAGAAGAUGGCCGCAGAUCGGAGGGAAGAUCUAACCGACUCUUUGUCCUCCCCUUCGUCUUCUCCUUCAAGUGCGUCUUCAUCAGAAACGAAUACCACUGAGCCUACAAGUAGUUCGGAAGUCGAUUCAAGAACGUUUGUAGACGAAGGAAUAUACGGCUGGAUCUUUCAUUUAAUUGAGGAGGAGAAAAUCGCUCGAAUUGUUGAUCCCUCCGACUGGACUUACGAACUCGAUUGGCAAGAUGUAGUUUGGAAAUAUUGGCAUGAAUUUCGCGAAGCUAAAAGAGUUGCAAAAAACCCCCUUAAAAAGGACGAGUUCAACAUCAGAACUGCAAGCAAUGGUUUAAGAGCUGCAUUGUUAAACUGUUACAAAGGUAAAGAUGGUGCCAAAGAAUAUCCAGAAAAUAAAGUUAUGGACAAGGAUAACAGGACAAUCAAACGGCGCUUUAAAUUGCCUUCGAAAGUGGUUGAUAAACUUAAAGGGACAGCUUUCGCUAGUCACGUUGUAUCGAAAUUUAAUGAAAUUUCUAGGCCUGCCUUCAGUAAGAAGGGUUUAGAGUCCAUUCCAGAUGAAUGUAGUGGAGAGCAGGCUGACAAAGGUGCUAACAAAGGAACUGCUGCUCACCCAGCAAAGCCACCUCCCAUCUCUUCUGCAGACUUCAGUUCUCUCAUGAUUGAUCCUGAGGAAUCAAAUAGCUUGAUCAACUUCAUGACCCCCCCUGCUAGUAAUCAGCUCGGGACAGAUGAUCUCAUUCCAAUGGAUAGUGACAAUGACUUGUCAUCUGAUUGGCCAUCUGACUUGUCAUCUGACUUGCCAUCUGACUGGCCAAGCACAAGCCAAUAUUAUGCAAAUUCCUCUGGUUAUGAAACUGGUAUAGAGGAGAAUCUAGUGAAGGAAAUGGACCCCUGUGAAGGUCCCUAUCAGGGAGGAAAUAUGUCAUUUAUUUUCCUGGAGCAGCCCUUGUCUACCCAUUUUCCCGGAGUUAGCAGCAGUGGCAGAUGCAAAGUGGUGUUCUCGUCGCCCAAGCACAGAAUGAUGUCUCCUCGUGAAGUUCAUGCAACGGUGAAAAACUGUCUUACAUUGAAAGUCCGUGUCCCACGUUGCCCAAGACUUGAAGGAGAACAGCUGGCGCGUGGAAAACUGACAGUUAAAGUCGUCGUUAGGACACAAGAGGGCUCCUACAUUGGUGAAACUAGGUACACCUACAACUCUAACCUGCUAAGUCAGUUUGAACAGUGCGUCAAAGCCAUGGAUGACGAAGAUAUGGAGCUUGACUGUGCUGGUUCUCCCGUUGAAAACCAUGUUACCAUGAGCCUCCGGGGACCAGGGUUUGCCACUGAUCACUUGUUCAACUUUGCUACCCUGAGAGUGCUAGUCUUCGUUGCAGUGAAGGAGAAAGCUUACAAUGUCUUGCUGGCAAUCUUGAAGUGCCCGGUUAUUUCGCAAGUAAUUCAGAGCUAUGCUCACAGAUUACUACCAUUCUUGGAACAAGUGCAGAAAGGCGAGAGAAGAACAGAUCGAAGCGCGUCGAUCCUUGAAAUGAGCAAAAAGCUUUUACUGGAAUGCACUGGCAGCCAUGAGUCUCUAAAGCAACUGAAUGAAAACGAACGGGAGAUGGAGGACAAGUUCAUUGAAAAUGGCUACGAGGGAGGCUCAGAACCAGAAACCCAAGAACUAGAAGUAUCAUUUCAUGAAUGGAAUGAGUUAUCUUCUGCCUUGGUACACAAAGAAGAAAAGAUCGAGAGCGGUAGAAGGUUUGAAACGAGCGAGGGUUUCCGUGAUGUGGCGAACAAAUGUCAGGUUGAAGUGAGAGACACUCCCGUUCAUUUUACAUGUAGUCUUUCCACAGAGGAAAAUGGAACAAUACAGAGCAAGGAUGAGGGAAAACAAGAAAACGAAGAGAUCUACAAGCCGAAGAUUUUUGUUCUUCGGAAACCAUGUUCACCCAUCCCAAUAAGCAGAACUCGCUCCAGUUUCCCCGAUCCCCGAACGGACAUCUUUGUCGAGUUGCAGGUCCGUAAUAACCAAAGGCCCUCACAAUACAGUGAACACCAAGAAGGUAGAACACUUGUCGUGGCAGAACACUUGUCAAACACGAAAGAUCGCAUGAUUGUAGAAGUGAAGCACAACGGCACUGAACAGACUGUGAAGGACUGGGAGGCAAAGUAUGUAAAACGUGCCAGCGGCAAGCUUGGAUACUGGUUUCGAUUUUAUGAACCAAAUUGUGAGCUACUGCUGAUGUUUAAGCUCUACGACAAACCUCACCCAACCAAGUCAGAGACGAAGUUGAAGACAGCAGUCCUGGAUUACGUUACAAUUGUGGUCGAGACCAUCAGUUGGAAGGGAAACUCUUCAAGGGAGGCUAGAGGAGAAAAGGAAACCGAUAAAUGCGAGCUUGCACUUACUCAACAGGUUCCCCUUGUAUCCUUGUCGCCCUCACAGACCAAGGUGUGCGUCAUUAUGAACGAGCUGCAUGAAUUCUGUGACAAUGGUGAAUGGGUGAAGUUUGAAGAAGCGUGUGAGAUGCACCAACACUCGGGAAAUUCUGACGUAAAAGUUGCAGUUUUGCUGGAGAAAGCCAUCGCUUUUUUGUACCAGCGGGAUCUGGAAGAAGCGGAGGCGAUAGCUUUGGAAGCUCUUGGGAUUGUUUCUGAAGCUGACAAUCACCAACUCCUCAUAGGACGAGCUUACUACUACCUCGCGCAUGUCUACCGCCGGCAGAGGAAACUGGGGGAAGCAGUACGGUGCAUUGACUUGUCCAAGCAGAAUCUUCACCUGAUCGAUGUCUGCCUUGACCAAAGUUUCCUGGCUUACGAAGAAGGAAAUGUCAUGAAAGAAUUCAUCUCCAGUGGAAGCGUUUUGAGGAAGAAGCUUCUUCUCCAAGCCAAGCACUGCUUUGAGCGUUGUCUUGAUCUCAGUCGGAAGCUAGAUGACAGCAACAGUCGGGUGAUUCCUCAAACGCACAGUUUCGCGCCCAUCAAGAUCGCCAUGCUUCUUCUCGAUUGCGGGAGCACCUCAGGACGAGAGCGGUGUGUGAGUAGCGGGCAUGUCAAGGAAGCGUCAAAGUUCCUUGCUCUUUUGGAGGGUGACGGCCUGGAUGACAUAACCGAGAGAAGAAAACUCCAGUUUCUUUUGGCGCGCUCAGAUCUUCACUACCGGCUGUCUAACCACCAGGAAGCUGUACAUAACGCCCAUCAAGCUUUAGAGAAAGCGAAGCAGUUAGGUUUCCUGCUGGAGGAGAUGCCAGCCCGUGAUCGAAUCAACCACAUUCGUCAGUUGUCUGAGGGUGGAGGAGUUUACCGUUGUCCUGAACUUGAAGGUGACGUUUAUUAUAAAGACAAACUCCUGUUGUCUUAAGUUUAUGGUUUCUUCUAAGGGAUCGUUAUUGAUAGCCUGAGGAGGGGACGGGGUAGGAGGUUUUUUUUUUGUGUCAGGAUUAAAACUUCCCUAACCCCCCACCCCCCUACCCCAAUAAGGCAGUCAAUUUUCUAUAGCCUCUUUUUGUACUCUGUUGGCGAAGACUGACUUCCCCUCCGCUCUCCCAGAAGACUAUGUUAUCACCGCUCCCCUUCAAUCCCCUGACGCCCCGCCCCUCCCCUCCCCUACCCUCCCCAGGCAAUAUAUAAUUAGUACCGAUGACGUGUCGCUAUAAUGCAGGACACAUAAUCAAAGUCCCUAAUUUACUGUAUCAAUGACAGCAUAGAUGAUCGAAACGACUCCUAUUGGGCAUAGGAACGGGGAGAAAAAAGGCGACAAUAAACAUCCCACCCUUUCCUCCCUUGCAACAUUUUGUUUAACUGGGUGGUUACUUCGGAAUUGUCUUCAUUUCUCCGCAACAGACUACUGAUAAAGAAAAAUUUACUGAUCGAAUUGUAAAUAACUUUGCACACUACAUUAUCUGUUAUGACCGAACACAAUUACAUGUUAAACUGCUUCAAUUGUAACUGGCAUUAAAUGUACCUUAAAUUGUUUCAGAGAGGUCAAGACUGGGUCAAGAGCCCCUAUUACAAAUUUAUAUGUUACACAUACGUUAACCUUUCUUUGACUUUCUCUAAGACCCAAGAGGUAAUUCUCGUAACUCAUUACUGUAAAUGUUGUUGCUGACUAGUCCUGAGAUGCUGUUCUUAUUAUUUACGGAUAGUCUAGUAUUAUUUAUGGAUAAUCUAGUAUAGUUUUUAUUAUUCACUAUUUUAUCAAUUUUGAUUUAUUGUAAGUAUUACGUAUAUAGUUAUUUUUUAUAUUAGUAGCGAAGAGCCACUAUGUGGAAGUAUGCUAAUAAAGGUCAUUAUUAUUUUUAUUAUUAUUAUUUACGGGAGCCCAAAACAAUAAUGGGUAAUGGCUCCUGUCAAUUAGUAUCAUUACAAUUCUUAAUUUUUUUUUGUC